AUUGGCCCGUGAGUCUAGAAAAGACUGUUCGCCUAGAGUAGCGACUAUUCGAAACCGGAGUGUGGUUGGUGUAGGUGAAAGAAGGAUUUCGAUGUAACUUUAAAAUGUCAACGGCGCUAGUUCCAUGUUGUGAGUGGAACGAUACAUUUUCUAAAAACAACGUUUCAGCGCACAAAAGGUCAUUCCCGCUGGACAGGAGGCCCCUAAUUUCGCCGCCUCUCAAUGUAGCAGGUUCCAGGCGAAGUUCUGCCAGUGCCGCAUCUAAUGUGAUCCCACCAACAUCCAAGUCAGUAUUGACGUUCCAGAAGUCUAUUAAUGGAGUCGGAAUGCACCAACCGAUCAGCUCGCCAGUAGACAACGUUAGCUGUGGUCCGAAGGAACACCGACGGCUCGAUCGCAGCUUCAGUGAACCUGCCACAAAACCUACUCAAGCAAACUCCAGUCGUUAUAAAACAGAGCUAUGUCGACCAUUCGAAGAAAAUGGAACGUGCAAGUACGGAGAUAAAUGUCAGUUUGCUCACGGCGCUCAGGAAUUGCGUACGUUAGCUCGACAUCCAAAAUAUAAAACUGAGCUUUGUCGUACUUUCCACACCACGGGUCUUUGUCCAUAUGGACCAAGAUGUCAUUUCAUCCACAACAGCGAAGAGUUAAGAAAACAUAUGCUCAAUAACCUUCACGCUGGUUUGAACCCUCUACAAUACCCCGAAGGUCCAUCAGAACAGCCGAGAGCAGGUCUUGGUGCUAGCCGACCCAAGACUCUUUCUCUGGGUAGCUUUAGCUUGGGGUCCACCGGAGAAAUGUCUCCACCCUCCAGUCUCAGUGCCAGCCCAACAUCACUGAACAGUUUUUUUCCAGAUGAUAAUUUUGGGACAUUCUUUUCAACGCACCACGCCCCAGGUUCUACACACCGUUCUGCAUCUUUUCCUUUCUGUCAGGAUUUUGCUCUUCUGAUGUCUCCUGUGAAACAGCAACCUUGUCUGUCAACGUUCGGUGGUUCCCAGCCAAGCCUUAAUCCUUUCAUCAUAAGCACCUUGGGUGGUGAUAUGGCAGGAGAAAAUCCCGUAUGCUCUGAUCCUUUGUAUUCACCUGUCCAUGCCCCACCAUCCCCGGCAAAUUCGUUGAAUUCCGAAUUGGACAAUCUGAGCUCUGCUUUUGAUAUCAAUCACAAUCUUCCCCGGUUGCCUAUCUUCAGCAAGUUGUCUGUUUUCGAUUCGGACUAAGCUUCUGUCAUUUCAGUUUGUGUUAUAAAAUAAUGAUAAUAAAUGUGCUCAAUGUCUGGGACCAACCAACGUCAAUAGAUGUACGUGACAUUUGUAUCAUAAUAAUUAGUAUUAAGUUAUGAUUUUUGUAUGUGUUAUUAAUUUAGGCUGCUUAUGAUGCUAAGUUUUACAUUUUGCACAAAACCUAAUUAUACCAGUAUAUAUUUAUUUGUAAAGCGUUUGUACUGUAGCCGCUCUUAAUGGUUUUCACCAUGUAACUUUAUUAUGUCACAGGGCAUUCACCGACGUGGGUGGUAAAACCAUUUUGAUUGUCACGAUUAUUCAAUAUAAUGUUUAAAUGUCAUUAUUUCCUAUACCCUAUUUUUUAAGUAUUAAUAGAUAUAGAUAUCAAAAGUACGAUGAAAUUUGUCUUAAUUUUAAUAUAAGAUGCUGUCAUUCGAAAAUGUUCCGACACUGUAGUUUGAAUAUUAUUCUAGUUAAGCUUAAAUCAGUGUUUUUGUGCAGUAGGUUUAAGCCUUAGGGUACGUCUUAGAAUUCAUGUAUUUAAGUAACUUAUUUAUUUUUUAAAAUAUGCCUUGGGCAGUCAUUUAAGAUUCAUUAAUAUUGACAAUGAAAUAGCGUAUGUGAUGAAGAGUAAGUUAUUUUGGUAACGUAAGACAAAAAUAAUGAAAUCGUCAGAGUUUCCUUCAACUUCAAGCCUUAAUGUUUUAAUUCGCACAAGAUUUAGUGAAGAUAUUUUAAAGAAGUGCCUUAAUUCUUUCGUCUUCCUCUAUUUGCCGAAUGUUGUAUAAAAUUAAAAAGACGUUGUCAAGAUUCGAUGAAAGUUUUUGUUUUAUUUGAAAGUGGGGGGGACAAAGGAAGCAUUCCGUAAAAAUAGAACCAUUAUCUUUAACGAGUUACCUCUACUCGUGGUAUUCGUAAACAAUAUAUAGCUGUUGAAUGUAUUAAAUAAAUUUCUAAUGUUUGAAAUCAUAUUUGAAAAAAAAA